AUGGAAGCAUUUAUUAAAGAAUUAUGGAAAUGGCCGUGGGCUCUUCGUCUUCGAACACCGAAUAAUGAUGAUGAACAUGUCGAUAGACUCAAUCAUCGAAUAACAGUUGGCAUCAUACUCUGUUGCGUUCUAGUUACAACAACAAGUUCGUUCGUAUUUAGUCGAAUGUCAUGUUGGGUACCUGCUGAACUUCGGCGUGAUACUUAUGGAAAAUAUAUAGAAGACUAUUGCUGGAUAAGUAACACAUAUUACAUUCAUUCGAAUGUUACACCGCCUCAUUCAACCGAUGAUAGGCGAGCUUCACAAAUAAGUUAUUAUCAAUGGGUACCUAUCAUUUUACUAUUGUUGGCAUUGGGUUUUUAUGCUCCGCGAUUGUUUUGGCGUUCGUUCAAUGCUCAUUGUGGUAUUGAUAUCCAAAACUUAAUCAACAAAAGCCAAAUAGCCUCCAAAGACUCGACGAAAGCGGCAACGAGACUACUCGAUUACUAUUGUCAUACGUUUAAAUCACAACGUGCACAACUUUCGAUUAAUCUUACCGCCUAUACUCGCCGUAAUAAACAUCGAGGAAAUUAUCUCAAUUCUCUCUAUGUUCUCACUCGUCUGAUGUACCUUAUUAAUUCGAUACUUCAAUUAAUUCUACUCAAUCUUUUACUUGGUCAUCGCGGUAAUGCGUGGUUUCUCGAUAUUGACAUCAUGAAAUCGAUCUUACGUUAUGGUAAUCCAUUACUUGAUUCACCGUAUUUUCCUCGUGUGACACUCUGCGAUGUACCGAUACGUGAAAUAGCCGAAAUUCAUCGAUAUACCGUUCAAUGUGCAUUGCCCGUGAAUAUCCUGAAUGAAAAAAUCUUUCUCGCACUGUCGUUCUGGUUUAGUUAUGUUAUUCUUCAUAAUAUCGUGAGUUUUGUUAUCUUGAUCUCUCAACAAUUCCGUCGUCGACAAAUUCAAUUUAUCAGACAUUUAAUCGAACUAUCGCGAGAAACGAAAUCAACUGAGAUGGAACGUUAUGUGUUCAACUUUCUAACCUACGAUGGAAUCUUCCUACUUCGACUCAUCAGUCAUAAUUCCAGCGAAUUGCAAGCAAUGAAAAUUCUACAAAUGAUCGUCGAUGACUAUAGAAAAUUUGAAAAACAUGCAAACGAAUGA